GCUUCAGUAAGGAGGAAGUCAACAUGUCGACUUCGUAUCGAAACAGGAUCCAGGAAUUCAAGGGGGCUUUGGGAGAGGAAAAAAUCAACCUGAAGGGGCUUCGUGAGCUCUGCUUUAGUGGAAUCCCCUUUGAAGGUGGAAUCCGUGCUUUGUGUUGGAAGAUCCUGUUAAACUACCUGCCCCUGGAUCAGUUGCUAUGGGAGUCCUUCUUGGAAAAACAGAGGGAGCUGUAUUGCCAGUUCCUGAAGGAAAUGAUCAUCCAGCCAGGCAUUGCCAAGGCCAACCUGGGGCUCUCCCGAGAGGACGUGACCCUGGAGGACCACCCUCUGAACCCAAACCCUGACAGCAGAUGGAACAACUACUUCAAAGACAAUGAGGUUCUGCUUCAGAUCGAUAAAGAUGUCAGGCGACUGUAUCCUGACAUGGCCUUCUUCCAGAGGCCCACAGAGUUCCCCUGCAAGCUCAUCCUGGACCCUCAGAACGAUUACGAAACCCUCCGGCGUCGCGUGGAGCAAACCACCCUCAAAUCUCAGACUGUGGACCGCAACCGCAGCGGGGUCACCAACGUGAGCUCUCCUGGCAAAGCGCUCAAUCUUUACCCCUCUAAUGAAUACGAGGUGCUGCCCAAUGGCUGCGAGGCUCACUGGGAGGUGGUGGAGCGCAUCCUGUUCAUCUAUGCUAAGCUCAACCCAGGCAUUGCCUAUGUGCAGGGCAUGAAUGAGGUUGUAGGACCCAUCUACUACACAUUUGCCACGGAUCCUAAUGAAGAAUGGAAAGAACAUGCCGAGGCAGACACCUUCUUCUGCUUCACCAACCUGAUGUCGGAGAACCGAGACAACUUCAUCAAGAGUCUGGACGACUCUCAAUGUGGCAUCACUUACAAGAUGGAGAGUGUCUACUCCAUGCUUAAAGAGAAGGACAUGGAGCUCUACCUUAAGCUGCAAGAGCAGAACAUUAAGCCUCAGUACUUCACCUUCCGCUGGCUAACAUUGCUGCUGUCCCAGGAGUUCCUUCUGCCCGAUGUGAUCCGCAUCUGGGACACCCUCUUCUCCGACCAGGACCGUUUCCACUUCCUCAUCCUGGUCUGCUGUGCCAUGCUCACGUUGAUCCGAGAUCAGUUGUUGGCAGGAGACUUUACAAUAAACAUGAGACUACUUCAGGAUUAUCCCAUAUCUGAUGUGCAUACCAUCCUCACUAAGGCCAAGGAGCUUCAGGAUGGAUCGUAGCCAUGACGGUGACUUUUGACCUCCCAACUCCACUCAUCCAUCUGCACAGAGAAGGGAUGCAGGGGGGGUUGGAAACCAUGGAAACUGGUAACCUGGACGACAACAGUGCCCUGUCACACCCUGGGAGGGAGAGGGGAAGAUGCCACCAUUGCUGUACAUUGUGGGGAAAACAAACAAUACAAAACACAACAAAGAAACAAAGAACAAUCAUGACUCUACGUACGCCUUACCCUCACAGUUGCCACUCUCCCAGCCAGAUUGUGUGUGGGCUUGAGCUAUUUAUUGUUGCACUGAACACUUGAGAAAUCCAACACACUCAAAAGCAGAGCAAGCUACAGAGAAACAUGCAGGAGAAGAAUAUCAUGUUGAACAGGACGAAAACACUCCACCUUGUUCGUCUUUUCCCUUUUACGUAUCAGAGGGUUUUACUUUGUUCUUAAUCUUUUUUUUUUAUGAGAGAGGAUGUUUUAUGUGUUUUAGCUUGCAUAUAUUACUUUGUGUGUUAUUACUUUUUACUGUGGACUUUAUACAAAAGAAGGAAUACUACAUGUUGAAGAUGGGGCAACUUUGAGUUGGUCUGAGAUGCACCUUGGCACCUUGGUGUGUCUUGAAUCAGAGUUUGAGAUCAGAAGAUACUUACAAGUGCUUUUCCCUUUUGGUAUAAGGGACUAUAGAUUGGGAAGUUGCCAAUCCAUUAUUAACAGGGUUCCCACAUGUUCAGGUUCCCUGCUUGGGAGAUCAUCUGAUGUAGUUCACUUCACACACUAUGCUAACAUCAUGCUCAUUUUAAUCUUAUUUUACAUGUAGUAUAUAUUUAGCAAAACAAACUACAUCCACACAGAAUAAUUUCCUAACUACUAAUUCUUAGCCUUGACCCUUCAACAGUUAGAAGGAUUAGUAUAAGUGACUACGAGCUCAUGCAUCCAAUGGCGUGAGAAGUGGUGUGUGAAUGAAAAGUGAGAGUGAGCUAGUCCUCCACCUCAUAGUACCCAUAUUAUGUAUAAUGCAUAAUGAUACCUGCUUAAGUGCUUUUUUUGUGAUUGUCUACUUGACAGCUGACGAAUGUCUUAUCUGGCCUUCUGAUCUGUUCUGUAAUAUGGAGUAGUUGUUGCCUUGUUAGUGGAAAGGCACUGUGUUAUCAAUACACUUAUUUGCAAACUCAAAUAGUUUACAAGUAAACAUUAGUAAUCCUAUUGUCAAAGAUAAUAAGCAUCGGCCAGUCUAAAAUCUCAAACUAUUUGAUAAACAAUGUAAAGAAAUUCACGGAAAUAUUUAUCCCGUGAAUAGAAACACUUACAUUUUCUUUGCCAGCUCUUAGUUAACAAGAAAUUCAUUUGUUAAUUUUAACUUAAAUUGCUAAAUUGAAUGCAAUAAUGCAUCACACAGAUACACAGUGAUCUAACAGUGGUAUUCAUCUCACUAAGCUUUGUGUAACUUUGAGGUUUCAGCUGUACAAUGCUAUAUGUGUGAAGUCUGACUUCAAAAACCGGAUCAAAGGCAGAUCAAUGUUCUCUAAAUUUAUCUUGGUCUGUGAGGUCAGCUUUGAUGGCUAAGCCAUACCAGGCUGUUUUUGUCCUCCUCAGAAGUGAUUAAUAUGAUACUGGCUUGGCACCUUUUGGUGUUGGAACGCUAACCAAUGGAAGUGUUUUCAGAUCUAGAACCACCCACAGCUCCCCUGGCUCUGCCAGUAGAGUUUGUGAGGUUUUUCUGAAAGUCACUCAACUCUCCCUCCCUCUCUUUCUUUCGCCCUCAAGCUACAGUGGUCCACCUCUCCUCUUUCCUUGCUUUGUUAGGCUCUCGUAAAUUUUGGGGGCAUGUAUCUUCAGCUGAAGUGGACUUGUCACCCAUUUUCAUUUAGCAUGCCGGUAUUGUCUCUGCUCGCACACUAGACGCUUUCAUUGCUCACGAGGCUACAAUGUUGCUCUUUCAGGCGGGCCAGCAGCCAUCAGAGAUGACUUUACUUGGGUGUUUGUGUGUCUUUCUUGCUUUGUUUUUGUCUCUUGAGCAAAAUAACCCAUUGGCAUUUGUCACUACUGGCACAACAAGCCUUGCAGUGAGCAGUUUAUUCUUCAUGCCAAUAUCCUCAUGAUAUCUGCAUAAAAGUACAAAUAGAAGGGUUUUUUUUUGUUUUGUUUUUGUUUUUUUGGUCGGGGCAAGUUCGAUAAUCCCAGAUUCUCAUCUGGGCCUUACUGUUACUGUUGUUGGUCCCAAAUAGCCUUUCUGUGAGUAUGAAUAUUACUCACUUGACAAUGAAGACAUAUUGAGGCUGGUUGCCUUUUCCCACAAACCUAGAAGUAGUUUGUGCCAUGUGUUCUGACUGAUCUGUGAAAAUGGUUCAUUAUGGGUUGCAUAUGCUACAUUUUGACACUCAAGUCCUUGAAGGACACCGAGAGCAUGGAGGACACAGGAACUUUGGGCUUCGCAGAGUCUCUGCCACGCUCAGCGGUUAAGUUCUCGAAUAUGCCCUCUUCACUCCCAGUGUUUGUUUUGUUUACAUGCUAUCAAUAGAAGUUUUUUUUUCCGUACUUAUUUGUUUGUCUUUUUUUUGUUUGUCAAUCAGCUUUUAAAUCUUAACUUGUUUUGAAGGGGAUUUGUGAACGUUAAUGACUUUGACAUGGUUGUGCUGUUUGAGACAUCACCUCUUCUGUGAAGGCAGGUGUCAGAUGGUGUCUCAGUCUCACUCAUAUACAAAGCUGUCAGUUGUCUCUCAGCCAUUUUUUUACACCCUCGUUCAAGUCUUCCUCUUCCUUAAGUUUACAUCUCGAAGAUGUCUCCUUCUGAUCUUCCUUCCGUUAAGACCACGUUAACUGUGUUUCAUGGUUUUGGUUUGAACUGACCGCCUGUAUUGUGAAUGUUAGAGGCUUGUAGGAAAACAUGACCUGACCUUUUUUUUUCACUACAUUCGUUCACUGUUUUGUCUGUUUUUUUGCUUGGCUUGUGGCCGUGUAGCCUCACCCAUUUCCCAUUUUCAAGGUUGCAUGGGCCUUUUGUUGUGGGGAUGGGCCGUGUACAUUCACUUUACAAUGUGGUCGGCGGUGGGUGGGUGGAUGUUUGCCAUUCCGUAGCCAGGCAGAGCAGAAGCAUAAUUCAGUUGAUUGCCCUGAUGGCCCUACCUUGCCAAGAGUUUUAUUAGAAGUCCAAAGCGUCUUUUUAUUCACAUAGACAGGACGUUGCCUCGUCUAUGUCUGCUGAGAGUGGCCAUUUUUGCUAGAUUGUAUUCAGGCGUUAUCAGCCAUGUGAGUAUGGGAUUGCUUUUCCUCAAGGUUUUUUUUUGUGACACAUUAACGUGAAUGCCAAGGUCCCAAUGCAUCUCUCAACGGUCUUCCUAUCCUCGCUCAAAUCUCUCUAUCUCUCUCAACAAACUGGAUCAUUAUUGUGUUCAUUAAAAGAUGUUUUCUUUCUGUCCAGUCUCUUCCUCACUUUCUUCCUCUUCCUCGUUUCUCCAUCUGUCUCUCCCUCUCCCUCCCUGUUCUCCUAGCAGACAUGCGCUAGCGCACUGUUUGUUCCUUCUCCACCUCCUCACACUUGUUGCGUAAAACCACAGGCCUCCCUCAAAUCCUGAUGGUUAACACAUGUUGGAGAGCCAUGUGUUUUUGGCUAUACUGCUCUGCAGUGCAGGGAAAAGGAACAUGUGGCCCUGUGGUUCUAGAGGUGGUGGGCAGGCCUUCGGGUGGGGGUAGCGGGGGGUGGUUUUAAGGGAAAGCAGGCUGAGGGUGAAAUUGGCAUUUGUUGGUGCCUGGCCCGGGUCAUGGAGGAGGCAAGAGUGGUCAGAGUGGCUGUGAGGAUUUUGUUUGUUGAGUGGUGUUGGUGAGGGGACAGAUAUGGGCACAAUAACAUGAUUUAAUCUGCAGCGAAGGCUGACGUUUCUGAUCCAGAGUCAGUGAGUCAGUGCCUGCUGUUGGUUAGUUUGAUGGACCACGAGGGAUUUGUGACCGAGAUUGUCCUCCUGAGUGUUGUCUUUGGUAGCAUCAGCGAGGAAAGGUGAAUCCCCAAAUCUUGGAUCAACAUCUUUGUAAUUUGGCACAGACAGUUGGCUCUCGUGAAGAGGCACAGUGCGUAUUCAAUCUCUCCGUCAGGUCUUGUCAUGUUGAAGGAUGGGCCAAAUCCAUACGGUUUUCUUACUGAGAAAUCUGAGCCUGCCCAUCAAAUGUGGUGAUUUUGUAUACGCAGUUUUAGUUUUGCACGUCUUGCCUUGAGGUGUAAAUAAUAGCUUUUAACUAACCAGUUAACACGGCCAGCCUGUUUAGGCCUCAGUUUUGACUCAGAGAUGGAAGUGGAAGUUCAGACAGAAAGAAAUGGAGAGGGAUGAAGAAGGGAUGAGGGAAAGGAAUAGAGUGAGAGAGGAGGGAGGGAGAGUGAAUGAGAUCACAUUUAAAAUUGACAUUAGAGCUGUUGGAGUGGGGUGGUGGUUGGUGGUGGUUCCCAGCAAUGCCGUGUUAAAGGGACAGCGUCCGCCUCUGAGGACCAGGGCGAGCUAACCGAGCAUCAUCUGAGGACAGACCGUGAGACUUUCCUCCUGCUCGGAGGGAGGAUGGGGGUGGACGGAAGCCAAGGGGCAGUGGGUUUGGAGACGGCACUACAGCUCAAGGAAGGGAAUUAGUUUUUUUUUAAACUGAAAUGGAGGAAAAGACACUUUCUUUCCCUUGCUAGGUGGCAACAUGAUUGGUGUUCACUUCAAAAAAGAUGAAAUAAUCUGUACUAUUGUUUGCCUAUCUCUGUCAUCUUCCACUUAGUUUUAGGGAUUGUGUAAUGCUGAUUUUUACUGUCUUUUUAUGAUGUGAUCACUACUAUAAAUUCAUUUUUUUAAACUGCUAUGUAUUUAAGCCUUCUGCCUGAGGCUCUGUUGGAUAGUGGAAGGUGUCUAAUGUAGCUCUUGCAGCAUCUAAGCAGUGUAUGUGGGUUUCUUUUUAAUGUGUAUCCUGACUUGUAGUUUUGUUCCAAAAAAUGUUUAACUCAUUUUGGACCGGUUGUGUUUGGGUGGCUCUCUAUGCGUGGAUGUUUGAGUGUUUGAAAGUGUGUGUGUGUGAGCUAUGUGUAUGUCCGUAUGUAAAUCUAUCAAGUUUCUUAUUUUGCAUGUGUAUACAUUUUUGUAUAAAUAUUCAUAGGUCUUAGCAUUGGAGUUAUAUACAUGUUUUUACAGUGUUUGCAAAUGCACAAUAAAUACUUCAAUGAUGAUUACAA